CUGGAGGCCGAUGCAGAGAAUAACAAUUUGACAGAAGAUGAUGCCUCAGACAGAGCGACAGUGAGCAAGCGACCCAAGCUAACGUGUCCCCAUGUGCUACUUGGUCCCAGCUCCUGACAUGCUUCAGAGUGUGGCAUCUUCAAGCACGAGCUUGUCGAGCUCAAUCCUUCAACAUCGCUUAGAAAACGGGAGAUCUUAUCAUAAGUACAAGGACGGGAAAUAUCUCUUCCCCAACGACGAAAGAGAGAAUGACAGACUUGACCUACAACAUAACCUCUACCUGUUGACUUUGAAUUACAAGCUGGGACUCGCUCCCCCCAACAAAGAAGGCUCGGUAGUUAAGCGCGUCUUGGACAUCGGAACAGGCACUGGUCUCUGGGCAAUAGAAUUUGCCGAUGAGCACCCCGAAGCCGAGGUUUUAGGUGUUGAUCUAUCCCCCGUGCAGACUCAAUUUGUCCCACCGAACCUGAAGUUUGAGGUUGACGACAUUGAGCAGCCAUGGACAUUCAGCCGCCCAUUUGAUUAUAUCCACAUUCGAGGGAUGACAUCGAGUAUCUCAGACUGGCUCGGGUUCUUCAAACAAGCUUACUCUGGCCUUACCCCUGGUGGCUACAUUGAAUUAUUUGAAGGCCAUGCACGCACCCAGUUGGACGAUGGGACUUUGACAGCAGAUCACGCUGCUUGGCAGUGGGCGGACAAGCUCGAUGAAUGCUUCAAAAUUCUCGGCCGUCCAUUUGUAAACGUUCCCAGCCUUAUUCCCAUACUGAAAGAAGCUGGUUUCGUUGAUGUGACAAUGGUGCCUUUCAAGUGGCCAGUUGGUCCAUGGGCAAAAGAUCCGCAUUACAAAGAGCUCGGUGAAUGGGCUCUCGAGAAUUCUUCUCAGGGCCUCGAAGCCUGGACUAUGGCAGCAUUGACCAGGGCGCUUGACUGGAGCAAUGCAGAGGUCCAAGCCUUGCUUGCUCAGGUGCGGAAGGAUCUCAAAGACAGGAGCAUCCAUCAUUACACGCCUAUGUACGUCAACUUUUCACAUUCUUUCAGUUCUCUUUCGGUCGAUGGUUUGAUUCCUGAAAUCCUGAGAUGCGUUUGAUCUGAUCUCAGUAUAUAUCCCCAAUUCUGACCACGGCUAGGUGGGUGAUACACGCGAAGAGGCCACAGGACGAAGCCUUAGUCGCAGUUGGUACCAAACUUCUAGCAGAUACGGAGGAUCACGAUACUUG